AUGUGUCGCCCCCCUGAUGUAGUUCCCGGCGCGGCUCAGUCCGAGGCGGAGGAAGAACUCGACGCCAGGUGGCGUGCGCAACAAAUUGAUGAUGCCGCUGCUGCGUACGGCGGUGCAUGGAACUGGAAUCCGAUGACUGCUCCUGGCGGCCGUGGCUCCUCCCGCAGCCCGCCCAACCCGCCCUCCCAAACCUCCGCAAAUGCAACCCCCGACCGCGCACACGCCGUCCGCGCAGCAGAUGUUCCCGAUGAGCUGGCCGCCGCACGCCGCGCACGGCAUGUCGGCGCCGGCUCCGAUUCUGGCGACCAAGGGCCGCUGGGGUACAUGUCGCAGGGCAUGGCGCAGGGCAUCCCGUGCGGGCUGCCACAGGAGAUGGAGUUCCACGCGGGCGACAUGGGCGCGAUGAGCACGGACGGCAUGACCGCGGAGGAGCUCGCAGACCUUGACCCGAAGAAACAUAAGAGGAUGAUGUCGAACCGCGCGUCAGCGAAGCGGUCUCGGCAGCGGAAGCAGGAGCGACUCGAGGAGCUGGAGAUCCAGAGCGCCAAGCUGCGCGUUGAGAACGCGGCCGUCACGCGGCGCUUGAACGAGGCGUACUGA